GGACACUUUACGCGGUGUUAUUAACCAGCAGGAGACACGGUAAAGUGGUCGAUAGUUUGAACACGUUGAAUUAAAAACAAAUAAACUUCACUCGCGUUCGAUUAAAACAAGUUUUGUGCGUUUUUAUUUAUUUUUUGUGUUAACUUUUGUGAUUAAAAAAUCUUUUUGUACAUAACAUUGUUUGAAAAGGAAUUUUUGGGGAAAUUUCAAAUUAUUGUUAUUUGAAAAAAUUAUUUAAUGGUGAUGUGGAUUGGUGAAGUUUUAAGAAGAAUUAUGGAAUAAAAAAGGUGCCAGUUGCGGCAAGAAUGUGGAGCGGAGCGGUCGCGUCGCUCGCGCUGCUAACCGCAACGAUCUACGCAGUCUUCCUUAUUAUUGGAUCAUCUUCGGCUGCUGUUUCGUAUCCAACGUCCAAUACUUUGAGUUUUUCGGAUAGUUCGUUGGAAUCGUUUGGAGUUUCUAGGAGUUUAAGAAGGGAAAGACAAGUUUCUUCUCAAGUUGUAGCUGGAGGAUCUUCUGGUGGAAACACUGAUUCUUCAGUUGAAGCUGUGGUUCCCGAAUCGCAACUGCAGGUCGGACAUGCGAUUAAUCUAUUUACUAGAUACGGAUAUCUUAGUAUUACCAUGAAGGUUGUUGAACGUAAUGAUACCAACUUAGAUCGUCCAAAUUGGAUCUUCAGAGAACCAACAGUAGACGUUUUUACAAAUGUCCAGCCACAACCAAGUCGUCAUUCAACGCGUAGCGCAAAAAAGAUGAUUUUCGACGGCGAUUUUCAUAUGGAAUUUUGCGAUAAUCUCAAGCAACUUCUUCAAGCUUAUUUUCGCGAUUACAACUUUGAGCUUUUGGAUCGUCCUUGGAGGGCAUUCAGUAGCAGUUGGCAACCAGAUCACAUCGCCAGGAACAUGGGAAUAAACUCUUCGUAUGUUCACGGUGAUUUCUGUUACGUUUUGUUGCGUUUAAGUCGAUUGAGAGACACCGUUAAGCUGUCGCCGCUUCCUUUCGAUGUGAAUUUAGACGAUUUGGUCGCUAGAGAAGUAGAUAAAAUCGUUGUUGGAGAUACAGAAAGCGUUUGGAAAUUUAUUAAGAAAUUCGGAUCGCAUUAUAUUAAUUCGUAUGUUACUGGAAAUUCUUUAUAUCAGGUAUUCGUUUAUCAAAAACCAAUUUAUCGGCGAAUAAAAGAUCGCUUAAAAACAAAGGGAAUAACAAAUAUGAGUACCGCCGAGUUAACAAAUUAUUUUGGUCCAUGGUACGCUCAUCAUAUAGGAAAAGUAAAAGUUGCAAGCGGAAAUAAAACUGUGGAAAAUUGGGCUGCAAAAAAUCUCCGAGUCCAAUACUAUUUCUAUACAUAUCCAAGUUUACUAAAAAUACACGGUUCCGUUGAAUUACUCAGCGAAUUAAAUCGAUUAUUACAAAACGAAGCACUCAUCGAAUUAGAUAUGAAAGCUCUUACGCCGGCUUUUAAAGAUCCAGCAAAACGGAAGUGGUUCGAAGAGGUGUUGGUUAACUUUUUGCACCUAUACGAUGUGAAUUUGUGAUGGAUAAGAUCACAAAAUCGAUAAAAUCGUCUUUGGAUGUGAUAAGUGUUUGUGAUAAUCAUUUUUUAGUAGUGAAUAAUAAAAAAAAACAAGUUUGAUUUUUU